GUUAGCUAAUGUGCUUUUAAAUGAACUUCGUGGGGUUUUUUUGAAUAAUUGUCUGAUAUAUAAGAUGGAUUGGCAUGACCGUAAAUUCUGACUCAUUAACUUUUUGUCCACGUCUGAUUGAUUAUUUGGCGUUUGUAAGUUGCGAAGGACAUCCAAUUUUAGAAGGAAUCUGUAACCAAACACCAAAGCUUCUAAAGUGCUAUCCCCCAAAUAAACAUCAUGAUUUUAUCUUGCCUAAUGAUGUUGUGUACUUUUGUCAGCCUGAAGGAUGUAUUUCAUCAUCUUUGGCUUCAACCAGAUUGGGCACGACUACUUUUGUGUUUACUCUGACGGAUAAAGAUGCGGACAAGACACGCUUCGGAAUUUGUUUGAACUUUUACAGACCGUGUUCUGUUACUUAUUCGGUGUCUCUGAACAAUGAAUCUAAAGGCAAUCAAGUUUCUGAUCCACUUCAUUUCCGGACAAAAGAAGAACACCUUAAUGACAACAACAAACAAUCAAUAUUAACAUCAUUAUGUCUGAUUAGUCACCAUCCUUUCUUUUCGAAAUUUCGACAAUGUUUACAUUCCCUAAAAGAAAUAAUUGACAGGUGUGAUGAGUAUUGUAGAAAUUUGUACGGUGCUGACAAUACAUUCUACUCCUUCUGGUCAACUUUACUAACUGGUGGGUCAAUUAAAAAAGCAAGUUUUAACCGGUUAGAAAGUCAGAUUGUCUACGAAAUUGAGUCUUGGAUUAUUCAUCUCUUGAAUGCACCUGUUCCUCUUCCUGGAAAGACAUGUCUUCAUUUAUCUGUUGGACCAGAAGCAUUUUAUGAAAAGUUGGUUUUUGCUUUACCUGAUAAGACACGUUUAACACUGAUUGAUUUUCCACUGCAUUUACCAUUGGAAUUAUUGGGAAUGGAGACAUGCUUAAAAGUUCUAACUGCAAUUAUGUUAGAACAAAAGGUGGUUUUACAAUCAAGAGAUUAUAAUGCUUUAACCAUGUCAGUGAUGGCAUUUACAGCUAUGCUUUAUCCACUGCAGUAUAUGUUCCCUGCUAUACCACUGUUACCGAAUAGUUUAGAAGGAGGUGAAAAUUUACUACUUUCCCCAACUCCAUAUAUAAUUGGCAUUCCAGCUACCUUUUUAAGUCAAAAGGCAGAUUUUCGAUUUCCUGCAGAUGUUUGGUUAGUUGACUUGGAUACAAAUAAGAUGAUGGGUAGUUCACUUCUGGAACCUAUACCUACACUUCCAGAAAAGGAAGGCCAAGAACUAUGUCAAAACUUGCACCAGGCUCUGGUAAGUAUGACUGCAGACAGUGGAUCCGAUGGUGAGCCCACUGAAAUGGAAUCAAAAGCUCUGUCAAAAUCGUUGAAUAGUGUAGAUUCUGCUGAUGUAGCCACUCGGGUUGCAAUGGUGCGAUUUUUUAAUUCCUUGAAUGUUCUGGGAAACAUUGCUGAACAUACAAGAACCGUACGUUUGUUUCCAAGACCAGUUGUUGCAUUUCAAAGAUUUUCUUUCCUAAAAUCGCGUCAAAUACUUACACCAUUCACGAGGAAACUGGCUGAGACACAAGCGGUUGAAUUUUUUGCUGAAUGGUGUCUUUAUCCAGAAAAUGAAGUAUUUCAAAGAAUUCAUGCCGGAAUACAUGAUCCUGAGCAGAUCGGUGAUAAAGUUAUUUGGUAUGAAAACACUCUAGCGCAAAUUAACUUUGAGAUCUGGUCCACUGAAGAAACAAAUCGUUAUACUGCGUUAAACUUUAUUCACUCGGUCAGUAUUGAUAAUGGUCAUAUAAAUAACUUCGAAAUGAUACACCACCAUUUUCCAAAAUCAACAAACACGACUUAUGAUUUGAACGCUUUGUAUAAUCCACCGGAAACUUUGGAAGAUUUAUUAAGAAAUGCAGUUCAAUUACAACAGCCUAUGCGUAAAAAUCAACCAAAAAGACGUCCUAAUCAACAAUCAGAACAAGUUGAUUCAUUUGAUUCAUCCAGUGCUAAGAUGCAGAUGAUGAGAUCUACUAAAAGUGAUGAUGUUAAUCAAGCUAUACUUUAUGAGAAAAAAAAUUUACCUGGUCCAAUGUAUACUAUACCAUCAAUGGCUGAGUCUAGCAGUGAUUCAUCUGAUGACCAAGAUGAUUCAGAUAUUUGGGAUUUGAAGAAUUCUGUCGAUCAAUUGGAUAUGAAAAAGGAUACGAAUAAAAUGAAUCCCAUGGAGACAGUUGCACGGAUUGAUAAUUUGACAAAUGAACUGACAGGAGAAAAUUUCAAACAGAAUAUUGGCAGUGAAAAUUUGAUAGUGAACAGUUCUGUUAAUGUUGCCACUUUGAGAAAACCGUCUUUGCAUAGACUAUCAACCCCACAGCAGUAUGCCAAUCACCUACAGUUAAAUGAUGAUGAUGAAGAGAAAAAGAGAAUAGUGCACUAUAAUGAAGAGCAAUCGGAAGUUGUACUAGAUAAAGAUGAAAGAAAAGAGGAUGAAGAGGUUGUUGAUGUUAAUGAUGAUGAAGAUGAUAUGGAGCAAACAUCUGUGGGGAAAUACUUAUUGAACAACCUUAGUGAUAAUAUAGCUGAUGCUGCUAGUCAUGCUUCUACUGCUAUAUCAGGUUUAAUAAACAAACAGAAAACAAUUGUACGCAAGUCGGGUAAUUUAAUGAAAAAGAUGGCAACAGAAAUUCAAACAAGUGCAAAACAUGAUUUAAAAAUAAAUGAUUCAAUUGUUACUACUGACCCAUCGAAUAAUGUAUAUAAGUCAAAGGAAUUCAGUGGUCAUAAGCAAGAUGUUGAUCUUAUUCAGUCAGCAUCGAAAUUUGUUUUAAACCUACCUAAAAAGCAAAUUUUUCAUUUUGGUGCCAAUCAAACAAGACAACAAGAAGAGCAGUUAAGUAAUCGUAGCAGGACAAUCUCAGUAAAAGAAUCUAGUUCAAAUCUCGUUAAUGUAGAGAAAAGUUAUGCAGAUCAAGAAUUUCUUCGUGAAUUAGUUCAGUGUAUACAUGAAAAAAAGACAGGCAUCACAACAAAAUUCUCUGUGAAUCGACUUCGAGAUUUAUUGAAUGAUGAAAAUUAUCGAAAUUAUUUAAUGCUGAAGUUAAAUCGUGAACUGUCAAAAUCAUUUGAAGAUCCCGAUGAGUGUAUUCCGGAUGUUGCUAUCAUAAAUAUGGAUGCAUACAAAACGUAUAUCUGGUUAUUACAAUCUAUGAUACGUGGUCUUGAACAGACAUGUACCAAUCAUGGGAUCGGUGGAUUAGCCAGUGCUAUGAUGUUGCUUGAACUGUGCCAUACUCAUUAUCUAGAUAUGCGUUCUAACACAGUUUCACCCAUCAAGUCACAAGGAUCUCAAAACUCAACAGUAGAUCAAUCUCGAGACGAUGAAAAUCUUGUCACUGCUUUCACUGGAUGGCUACGAACAACUACUAAAGAUCUGAAGAAAGUUGCUAAACCGAAUAUAGUAACAGAUGGGAAUUGGACAAAUCGUGUGUCAGGGUUAUUUGGCCUGCCUAAUACACGGGGGACGCUUGAUAGUCAUCAAAACUCAACACCUAAUUUAACCAGAAAAGAGAUACAGCCACAACAAUCAAGUGUUGUGAAUACUUCACUGCAAACAACAAAUGACCUUUCAAAUCCCGUAAGCAAAGCUGUGGUGCGAAGAAAAUCUCAACAUGCUAGCGCUUAUCGUUUUGUUCACGGUAAUUUAAUUGAUCUCAAUAACCGAAAUCAGUCUAAUACUGUUGGUGAUGAUGAUAACAAUUUUGAGUCGGAUAAAAGUACCAACUACAAAAAAGUCAAUGCUAUAAAUGAAUCUCCCGAUCGUAUUUAUGUAUUUGAGAAUCUAAUUGGUGAAAAUGAACGAUCACGUUUAUGGGAUCAUAUGCAAUUUUGGGAAGAUACAUUUUUCGAUACAGUUGCUCAAGAAAGAGAUAUAUUAGGUAUGGAUCAGGCACCUAUGGAAAUGAUUGAACAGUUUUUACAUAUGAAUGCAACACAGAAACGUUUACUCAUGUUAAAAGAAGAUCGUUUACUAGCCAUAUGUCUGCACAACCUUAUUGCAUUCAUGAUUUUAAUGCGUGUAGAUAAAAGUGUAUUAGUUAAUCAUGUACGUAGAUUAUUGGCGAGAUGUCGUAUUGGUUCAUAUUUUGCAUCUGCAGUCAGUAAUCUGUUAGAUAAUAUAAAAUAUUUGGAGGGUAAUUCAGUUGACUUACUGCCUUCGCUGACAAGAUUAAAAAUAUUUCAAUCGUAUGAAAUCGAAAUGUUAAAUCCUCCACGUAAGGAAACAAGAAUUCUAGAGAUUUAUGGAAAGUGUUUAAUAUUUCGUAACUUGUUAGGAGAAGUAAUCAAGAAAUUGAAUUAUGACCAAUUAACUGAUUUAUUAUUCAAAGAUUCAAUAGUCUCCAUAAGAUUUAGCGGUGAAGAAAGUUGCGAUCGAUUUUCGUCUUUUCAAUUUCGUUGUGAUAAGGCAAAGCAAAUAUGCCACACAAUUGAAUCGUUAAUUCAGAAAAAGGAUGUUGAAAAUUUUCAACAUUAACUACUCAACUGGUUAUGGGUGUAUUUUUCGUUUUUUUGUCACCUCUUUCAAGAGAAAGACAUAUACCUAGAGUGAAUAUCUUCACUUGCAUUGUAUUUUGAAACGGGAAAUACGUCUUUAAACAUUCGAUUAGUAUUUUCUCAUGAAUAUACAUUGAAAGGUGUUAAUUAUUAUUAAUGGGAAAGAGAUUCGACAAGAUGAAAGGUUAAAAGAGUGAAUGAUUUGAUGUAGUUUUUAACUGUCCCAUAACUUAUUGUACUCAUAGUAGUGAUUAUUUACUCAACUCUUCGUUCUUCAAGUGCUUUCUUUUACUUAUUUAUUUGAUUUAUUUCAUUCUUCCUUUUUUGUUUAUUUCAGAAAUCACUUAAAAUGCAUUUGUUAUUAUUAUUAUCUUAUAUUAGUGGUAAGUGGGUAGUCGAAUAUUAGACAAUCUAUUUAAUAAUUUGUAACUAUUGAUUUAAACGUUUUCUACUUUGUUUCCUUUUUUCUGUAUGCACAGAUCCAGUUACUUGAAUACAUUCCAUUUGUAGUUAUGUACGUGUUUAUGUUAAUAAGUUCUGAAAAUGAAUAAAGAUGCGAUUUGCCAACAUUAUCCUUAUCAUCAAUAUCAUGUUAACUAAUUCAACUGAACAUGUUUCUGAUUAAUUAUUUCACUUGUUUUCAUUCAAGAUUCCUGGUGUGUACUUCAUAAUCAUCUAUUUUUCUCCCUUUUUGAUUUAUUGUUUCUUCUUUUGUAAGUUUCGUUUCACAUAUAUAUAUAUAUAUAUAUAUAUAUAUAUAUA